AUGAGGACACUACCUGCUGCGACCCUCCUGUUGUCGCUACUGAAAGUAUCGCUGGGUAUUCAGGUGAACGUUCCCCAGCAGGAGCGCAGCACAGCGCUGUUUGCCUCAAUAAUCCUCCGCUGUGACUACUCCACCUCCGCAAACCUCCAAGAUGUUCUGCUCACCUGGAAGUUCAAGUCCUUCUGCAAGGACCCUGUUUUGGAGUAUUACUCCACAGCAUACCAGUCUGCGCUUCAGUUGGGUCAGGAUCCAGCGAACGAUUGUCCAGAUCGUCAGCGGAAGGUGCGCACUGUGAUCCAGAAGAGAGGGACCAACGAGCCGAUACUGGGAUCAGAAUACCGAGAACGCAGGAUCAGCAUUCAAAAUAAGGCUGACCUUGUGAUCAAUGAUGUGAUGUGGUGGGACAACGGAGUGUACUUCUGUACUGUCGAUGCUGCUGGAGACACAAGUGGAGAUUCUGACAAAGAAAUCAAACUCAUUGUCUACCACUGGCUGACAGUGUUGUUCAUCAUCAUUGGAGCUCUCCUUCUGCUCAUGCUAUUCUGUAUCUGCUGCUGUCAGUGUUGCCCUCAGACAUGCUGCUGCUAUGUCCGCUGUCCCUGCUGCCCGCAGCAAUGCUGCUGUCCUGAAAAAGCGGUGAUGCAGCAUCGUAUGAUGAAAGACGCUCAGAGGGCCAUGGCUCCCUGGAUGGGAGGACAACCAGUAUAUGGACCAAUGACCAACGCCUCCUCCCAGAUGAACCCACUGCUUUACUCAGGAUCUAUGUCCGGGAAGGGCAUCCCUAUGAAGCCUAUGCCCCUCCCUCCUCCUCAAUCUUCAGCAUACAGCAUGCCAGCUCCCAGUGUCCAUGGCCACCACAUCCCUGCCAACAAUCAAAUGCUCGACUACCUGGAAAGCCAAGUGAGGGGGAUGGACGUAAACAGUCCUCCGUUACAGUCCCAGCCACUUCUACAACCCCACAUGCAGCAGAUGCCACAUCAUCCACAGCACAUGCAGCCUCCUCCCCAGCACAUGCCCGUCACAGUCCCAUUUUCUCCCGGUCCUCCCAGCAUGAUCUCUGCUCUUGAUGAUUGCCCAACAGAUCGCCGCAUCAUCACACUUCCACCAAUAAGGGAGCAACAGCCAGGCCGAAUCCCACCCUCUGCACCUAAGACUCGGCCUCCGAGCUCUAGCGAGAGUAGCCGCAGCGGCUUUGGCCGUCAAAACGAGCGAGGAGCAGCAGGGAGACGUUACCCAUCACCCACCCGGUCCAGAGGCAUUCCCAGGAGCUACAGCCAGGAGUCACUGGACAGGACAAGUCACAGAGGGGCACAGGGAGGCAUUGGUCGGCCUCGAUCGCGUUCCAGGGAUGACCUGUUUGACAACAGGUCCAGAGCAAACUACUCUCCACCUGCAUCACGGCGAUCAAGAGGAGGGUCCUGGAGCUCUGAUGAUGAGGGCGGCAGUCGGAGAGGAGGAGGAGGAGGAGGGAGGAGAGGAGGUGGAGGUUGGGUUGAGAAACCUCCCAGCUACACAGAGUAUGAGCCUGGAUACAAACCAGGAGCAAGGAGGAAUGAACGCUACUCUGACAAGAGUUCUCGCAGUGGCACCAGCGUCGUCAUCUGA